CAGUGUGAGAUAGAUUGGUAGAUCUGAUCUCACCAACCACACUCUUAUCAAUCCUCUAUAUAUAUAAUCCCACUCUCCACCUUCACCAAUUCGUGUCAACCAUUCUUCUCCCACUCUCUCACUUCCAUUUCUACCCAUUUUUAACAGGACAAUGGCAUCUCACAUUGUUGGAUAUCCCCGUAUGGGCCCCAAGAGAGAGCUGAAAUUCGCUCUCGAAUCGUUCUGGGACGGCAAGAGCACCGCUGAAGAUUUGCAAAAGGUGGCUGCUGAUCUCAGAUCAUCCAUCUGGAAACAGAUGUCCGAUGCUGGCAUUAAGUACAUCCCUAGCAACACAUUUUCGUACUACGAUCAAGUUCUCGACACCACCGCCAUGCUUGGUGCCGUCCCCGCAAGAUACAACUGGAACGGCGGUGAAAUUGGUUUCGACACUUACUUCUCCAUGGCUAGAGGAAACGCCUCGGUUCCCGCUAUGGAAAUGACCAAGUGGUUUGACACCAACUACCAUUUCAUUGUACCGGAGUUGGGCCCUGAUGUGAAAUUCUCGUAUGCGUCUCACAAGGCUGUGACUGAAUACAAGGAGGCUAAAGCGCUCGGAGUCGAUACGGUUCCGGUCUUCGUUGGCCCCGUCAGCUACUUAUUGCUAUCGAAACCUGCAAAGGGUGUUGAGAAAACCUUCGAUCUGUUAUCCCUUCUUGAUAAAAUCCUUCCGAUCUACAAGGAAGUUAUCGCUGAGUUGAAGGAAGCAGGUGCUACGUGGAUCCAAUUUGACGAGGCUACCCUCGUGAAGGAUCUCGAGCCCUACCAGUUGGAAGCUUUCACUAAGGCGUACUCUGCGCUAGAAUCGGCUUGUUCGGGUCUUAACGUUAUCGUUGCAACCUACUUUGCCGAUGUUCCAGCUGAAGCAUUCAAAACACUAACUUCCUUGCCUGGCGUUAGCGGUUACACUUUUGAUUUGGUCCGUGGUGAAAAGACUCUCGGUUUGAUUAAAAGCAGCUUCCCGUCAGGCAAAUACCUGUUUGCAGGAGUUGUUGACGGAAGAAACAUUUGGGCUAAUGAUCUUGCUGGAUCGCUUACUGUCCUUAAGUCACUCGAGGGUAUUGUGGGAAAAGAUAAGCUCGUUGUUUCAACCUCUUGCUCACUUCUCCACACUGCUGUCGAUCUUGUGAACGAAACCAAGUUGGACGAUGAAAUCAAAUCAUGGCUCGCAUUCGCCGCACAAAAGGUUGUUGAAGUCAACGCAUUGGCCAAGGCUCUUGCCGGUCAGAAAGACGAGGCGUACUUCUCCGCUAAUGCUGCCGCUCAGGCUUCAAGAAAAUCAUCCCCGAGAGUGACAAACGAAGCAGUCCAAAAGGCUGCUGCUGCUUUGAGGGGUUCGGACCACCGUCGUGCAACCAAUGUUAGCGCUAGACUAGAUGCGCAACAAAAGAAGCUGAACCUUCCGAUCCUCCCAACCACCACCAUCGGUUCGUUCCCUCAAACGAUUGAGCUCAGGAGAGUUCGUCGUGAGUACAAGGCUAAGAAGAUUUCUGAGGAAGAGUAUGUUAAAGCCAUCAAAGAGGAGAUCAGCAAAGUUGUUCAACUCCAGGAAGAACUCGAUAUUGAUGUGCUCGUCCACGGAGAGCCAGAGAGAAACGACAUGGUUGAGUACUUUGGUGAGCAAUUGUCUGGUUUUGCCUUCACCGCUAACGGAUGGGUGCAAUCAUAUGGGUCACGCUGUGUCAAGCCACCAAUCAUCUACGGUGAUGUCAGCAGGCCAAAGGCCAUGACGGUGUUCUGGUCCUCAAUGGCUCAAGAAAUGACCAAACGCCCGAUGAAGGGUAUGCUUACCGGUCCAGUUACCAUUCUCAACUGGUCCUUUGUCCGUAAUGACCAGCCCAGAUUUGAAACGUGCUACCAGAUUGCGUUGGCCAUUAAAGACGAAGUUGAGGAUCUCGAGAAAGCUGGAAUCACAGUGAUCCAGAUUGAUGAGGCCGCUUUGAGAGAAGGAUUGCCGCUAAGGAAAGCCGAACACGCGUUCUACUUGGACUGGGCCGUGCACUCCUUCAGAAUCACCAAUGUAGGUGUUGCCGACACCACCCAGAUCCACACCCACAUGUGCUACUCCAACUUCAAUGACAUCAUUCACUCCAUCAUCAACAUGGACGCUGAUGUCAUCACUAUCGAGAACUCACGAUCAGACGAGAAGCUACUGUCGGUGUUCCGUGAGGGAGUUAAGUAUGGUGCGGGAAUCGGGCCCGGUGUGUAUGAUAUCCACUCUCCGAGAAUCCCGUCCAUGGAGGAGAUUCAUGACAGGAUUAACAAGAUGCUUGCGGUUUUGGAGACCAACAUUUUGUGGGUGAACCCUGACUGUGGGCUUAAGACCCGUAAGUAUGGUGAGGUCAAGCCUGCCUUGCAGAACAUGGUUGCAGCCGCGAAGAAGCUUCGUGCUGAGCUCGCUAGUGCCAAGUGAGGGUGUUUCUUGAAGAAGGUCGAGUUUUAUGUUAUUACAAUGAUUGAUUGAUUGAUAUUACAGUUGAUCCAAUGAUGAUAUGGUUUAGACUUUAGAUCUUGUGUGUUCUUGGCUACUGUUGCACUCUUGUUAUGUCAUUGUUACGUUCUUUUUGGAAAAAUUAUGGGAUUUGAAAGUAUAAAUUCAAAGGAGAUUGUCCUUUGUCACGCCUCUACUUUAUGUUUUUUUAUAGAAAUUAUACUUCUUUAUGCUUAA